CUCUAUCAACAAUGCCAGAUUGUGGUCCAGCCUGCGCCGUCCCCUCCUUUGCUUCUGAACCCACCGUUGGAUUUGGAUCAGCACUGGGAGGCUAUGGAAAUCUAGGCUAUAGAAAUCUAGGCUAUGGAAAUCUAGGAGGCUUCAGAUCUGGCGGUUUCGGCUACGGAGCUGGUGCCCUGGCAGAAUCAGCCGGCAACCUUGGCAUCCUGAAUGGAGUCAGGCCUUCCUGCAUCAACCAGGUCCCUCCAUCAGAGGUUCUGAUCCAGCCCCCUGCUGUUGUUCUCACCCUCCCAGGGCCCAUCCUCUCCGCUACCUGUGAGCCUGUUGCUGUGGGAGGCAAUGCUCCAUGCGCCGUUGGCGGCAUUGGCCUGGCAGGAGGCUUGGGCCAUCUUGGCUUUGGCUAUGGCAUUGGCAACCAGGGCUUGGGGGGCCUGAGGGGACAUCUUGGAUCAAGGUACAACCAUCGUCGUACUAGCAUUUGCAACUAGGUCUAUGGAAAUGGAAAAGAAUACUCUUUUGAUCCCUGGAAUGACCAUGAACCAUAUAAUAUGAUACGCAAUCGCUGCCAAGGCUCUUGCCCUCGUGCCAGAAGAGAAUGACCGCCUGGCACCAUUACUGAAGCCAAGAACUUGCCCAUGAAUUCAUCCAUCUGUCCUUUCUCCCCGUUUCCCACCUUUUGCUUCUAAGCCUUUCAGUCCCAGUAAUCUGUAAGCAGCCCUGGGUGCUUCAUCUUUUUCAUUGCUGCUUUCCUGUAUUAUUACGCAAGCCAUCCUUCCCUCAUUUUCAAUAAAUCUCAAACUGCAUUUUAA